GUGGCCUCUUCGUGGGGACGAAUGCUGAGCGGCUUGCCGAAUACAAGCGCUUCGCCGAGACUGGCAAGUAUUUCGGCAUUGAGAGCCACGUCCUAUCACCCUCGGAGGUGAAGGAUGUACAUCCGCUCCUGCGGGUUGACGACAUCUAUGGGGGUGUGUACUCCCCAGGUGAUGGUACCAUUGAUCCGACCAGCAUUUGCAACGCUUACGCGAAGGCCUCCCGAAGGUUUGGCGGUGGAGUGUACGAGAAUGUCGGUGUCAGCGGUAUAGAGGUCGAGGACUACCUCACAGCUGGGUCCGCGCCUGCAAGGCGAAUCAAAGCAGUUCUGACGGCCUGCGGCAAGCGGAUCGAGACCCCCACGGUUGUCAACGCCUGCGGCGCAUGGGCUAACGAGAUCGCAGCCCUGGUAGGUGUGCAGAUACCUUUAAAGGCCAUGAAGCACGCCAUGGUCCUCACCGAGCCCAUUGCCGGCAUGCACAGCGGUUUGCCCAAUGUGCGUGACCACGACCUUAGCGUCUACUUGAAGACGCAAGGCGACUCCAUGGCGAUCGGCGGCUAUGAACAGAACCCUGAAUUCUGGCCAGAUGUCGAUCCUGGCUUUUCUUUUGGGCUUUUCGAGCUCGAUUACGACACUUUUGGGCAGAAUCUGGCCGGGCACAUGCAGCGAUGCCCAGUGAUCGAGGAGACUGGGAUCAAGUCGACCGUUUGUGGGCCGGAGUCUUUCACGCCGGAUCACAAGCCUCUCAUGGGCCCUCAUCCUGGUGUCCGCGGCUUUUACCACGCUUGUGGAUUCAACUCCAUGGGCAUGAUGCUGGGUGGAGGCGUGGGCCGCGAGUUGACGAAGUGGAUCCUAACCGGAUCCCCCGAGGUUGAUCUCUUCAGCUUCGACUGCGCGCGCUUCCACCCCGAGAGCGUGUCGGACAGCCGUUGGGUCCGAGAUCGCACCCACGAGAGCUACGCGAAGACGUAUGCCAUCGUCUUCCCUCAUGAUGAGUCCUUGGCAGGUCGUGGCAGCCGGAAGUCGGCUCUCUACGAUGAGCUGCUGAGCCGCGGAUGUGUUUACCAAGCGCGUCACGGCUUUGAGCGGCCGGGUUGGUUUGUACCCUCCUCGGGCAGCCAAGAGGCCCUCAGCUAUGAUUUCUAUGGUGCCUAUGAGGAGGGCGCUUGGCGACUGGGCGAAGCCGAUCAUCCUGAUAUUCCCAGGCAUGAAAGCCACGAGUACCUGGACCUUGUGGAGGGAGAGCUGACUUUUGACUGGCCACGGAGUCAUGCCACUGUCGCGGAGGAGUGCCGUGCUGCACGGGAAGGCGUGGCCAUCUUCGACCAGUCCUACUUCGGCAAGUUCUACUUGAAUGGACCGGAGGCAGACCAAGCCGUUCAGUACCUUUGUGGUGCAGACAUGGAGGGCAAGCGAAUAGGAUCCGUCACCUACACGCCUUUGUGCAACUCUCGUGGUGGUGUGGAGGCCGAUCUCACCGUGACAAAGUUGCAGAACCCAAAGGGCGACAACUACUACUACUUCGCUGCAGGUGGCAACACGGCCACAAAGGACUUAGCCUGGAUCCGGAAGGUUUUAGAGGACCAGAACUUCGAUGCGCACAUCGAGGAUCACAGUGAGUCUAUGACCCUCAUCUCAGUGCAGGGGCCCCAUAGCCGGCGCUUGCUUCAGUCUUUGACUGACUCAGACAUGAGCGAUGCGUCUCUGCCUUUCUCCGGUGCCAAACACUUGGAGAUCGCCGGGCAUCCGCUCCUGGUCCUUCGGCUCACCUUCGUCGGUGAGCUUGGCUUUGAGCUGCACACUCCCGCAGAGUCUGCAGUUGCGGUCUACCGCGCCGUGCACGACGCCGGGGCGAAGCUUUCCGAGCUUGACGGCAUUCCAGUGCGGGAUGCAGGGUAUAGGGCUAUAGACAGCCUCUCCGCGGAAAAGAACCUCCGCCACUGGCACGCAGACCUUAGCAACCGGGACACUCCGCUGGAGGCAGAUGGGAGCAAAGAAGGACAC